CAUGGCUACCAGUAUCAUAACAUGUGGAUUCUCUUUGGGAGUUCUUAUCUUUAAUCCAUUAACAUACCUACUUAUAUCAAAGAUUGGAUGGAAUUUUACAUUUACCGUUCAAGCUGGAAUAGUAGGUUUGGGAGUUGGUUUUACAAGCUUAACUUUUGCCGAUAUAUCAGAAUUCGAGGAGGAAAGUACCGAAGGUUAUGAUGAAAUAGUUGAACAUAUGACAAGUAUUGGAAUUUCUCAAGCCAUAGCUAGUCUUGGCAUGGUUAUUAUAUAUAUUGGCGAAUUUUUAUCAAGAUUGCUUACUGCCUUACUCGGAGACAAACUAAAAGGAAAGUUUUUGCUCUUAUAUACGAUACUCACAUCUCUCUUAAGCAUCAUAAGCUUUUUCGGAUCGUAUACCUACAAUUAUACAACAGUAAUUUUAUACGCGUCAGCAAUAGGAUUAUUUGAUGGACCUAUUUUUGCUGCUAUGAUGACUUCCUGUUACGAGCUAUAUAAUGGGGAACAUUUAAAAGAAACAUCUCACAUAAUGAAAAUGGGAAUGGGUAUAGGAUAUUUGAUUGGUCCUCCUUUGGCAGGUUUACUUCAUGAAACCCGCGGAUCAUUCAAACCUGUUUUCUAUGGAGCAGCCAUCCUUUACUUAGUUGCUAGUAUCCUUUACGGUAUUUGUCUUUGUCUCAAGAGUUUUAAGAAAAUUCGAUAG